UCCGCAGGUUGCAGUCCAAAGGGAUCCUGAUCCAAAUAUUUCCUCUACACGAUAAGGAAGAGCUAAAAAGACUUUCUUUCUCUUGGUAUAAAAAAUUCAAGCUGUCUCUUCAGCCUCUUGAUGAUAUCCGACACUACUUUGGUGAGGGCCAGGCUCUUUACUUUGGCUUUCUGGAGUACUUCACCUUUGCCCUGAUACCAAUGGCCCUGAUUGGAGUGCCUUAUUAUCUGUUUGACUGGGAGGAUUAUGACAAAUAUGUGGUCUUUGCUGUUUUCAACGUGAUCUGGUGCACAGUUAUCCUGGAGAAAAUCACCGUCUGGAGUCUUCWUAUCAGAAUCACCUGAUUCUCAAAGUAUUAGUGUUCAACUUCUUCAACUGUUUUGCCUCGCUGUUCUACAUCGCCUUUGUCAUGCGGGACAUGGCGCUGCUCAGGCAUAGCCUGGCCACCUUGCUGAUCACCAGUCAGAUCUUGAAUCAGAUCAUGGAGGCCUUCUUGCCCUACUGGCUCCAGAGGAGACGCAACAAGAAGAUGGUCCGCAAAGUCCAGAAGAGACGAACSCUUGAAGGUAAAGCUCUUCCUCUGGAGGAGCAGGUUCGACUGGAGGCUGAUAUGAGCACAUACCUGGGAACAUUCGAUGACUACCUGGAGCUGUUCCUGCUCUUCGGUUACGUCAGUCUGUUCUCCUGCGUCUAUCCCCUGGCUGCUGUCCUGGUGGUGUUGAACAAUGUCACCGAGGUUUAUUCCGAUGCCUUCAAGAUGUGCCACGUUUUCAAGAGACCCUUCGCCGACCCCGCUGCAAAUAUAGGAGUGUGGCAGCUCGCUUUUGAGGCAAUGAGUGUGAUGGCCGUGGUGACCAACUGCUCACUGAUCGGCAUGUCUCCACAAGUCCAGGGCUACUUCCCCGARUCAGAGACGCAGCUCAUACUGUGGACUGUGGCUGUCGAGCACGGACUGCUGGCGUUUAAGUUCAUCUUGAGUUUCCUCAUCCCAGACAUCCCCAAACAGAUCCAGAUCCAACUGGCCCGCCUCGACUAUGAAUCACUGGAAGCCCUCAAAAAGAAGAAAAUGCUGGAGAUCCCAGGGCCUGGGUCAGGGCCCGGCUCGGGUCUCAGUAAGGACAURCAGUGAGGAGGACUUGCAGACCUGCUGGGACCGACUCAGAACCGUGUUGUUUUUGGACCUUGCAGGUUUGGUUACUGUUGGAGCAGAGAUCAUACCAAGUGGUUUUAUUUGAUGCUUCCGUGGUGCAGACACAGGGUUGGUGUUUGGGACGCUGCAAAGAUCUGUACUGUAAACAAAAUCAUUGGUUUGUACCAAAAAGUGUUGAUAAAAAUGGUUCUGUUUGGGUUCUAAGCUUGAUUAGGUUUUAUAACUCUGUAUAGUGUUGGGUUUGGGCUCCACCUCACAGCUGCCUUUAACAAACUGCACGCAGAAAUACAUGUUUUUUUUCUCUUCAGUGGCUGCACUCUGAUGCAAACGUCUCUAAAUGUUCCUGAGGGUAAAUGAUCUUGCAGAACCUCUCAGCCCUGUUUUCAAAUCUGUGCAACAAUUUGAGGGAUCGUCUCACGAACCUACAGCUGUAUUUUACUAAGAACUGUAAUGAGCAUUAAUAAUCGGGCCGUACUCUGCAGAACGAUCGGACUUGAACCUGUGCACUCCUGUCCCACACCGGUGCCUUGAUGUGAUGCAAUCUUUGCUUUACGCACACUUUCCUGUAUGUAAAGAACAAAAUGUAUGUAACUGUAACCGCCACUGGCCUGAAUAAAGUUUCAGAUAAAGAGCUUCAAA